UAAAAAUCAAAAGAUCGAUUGUUGUUUCCCACAAGUUAUUUGUCAAUGGUGGAUUCUCAAAUAUCGAAAGGAAAUUUUGGAUUUCGAUCAAUUUCGAUUUCGAGUCCUCCGCUGGAGCUUUCAGUAAGAGAUUUCUAGGCCCUUGGAUACUUAAAUGCAACAAAUGGGAGACACCGAAUCGCAAUUAAAGCGGCUUUUACUUCCGGCAGAAGAGACAUUGUUCGAACAGUUACUAAGGUUCGGACUUUAUAUCGGCGCAGUAUUCCAAGUUGUAUGUUUAUUGGCUAUAGUGGUUUAUCAAGCUGGUCCUUCAGAUGGUAUCGCUGCUUUAAAGGAUGACCCAAGCGAUGUGGAAUGCUCUGAGAACAGUCCCCAGGUUACUCCUAGGAGACCUCAUCGACCACGAAAACAAGAGAAGAAAAAAAGACGUUGAAGUACUUCCUAUCCUCGCAAACUAUUCAUUAUUUGUCUGUAGAACAGAAGAGAUCUGAAUAUUCGCGCGGUCUUCUCCAUAGGAAAUGUUCAGUAUUAAUUUCAUCGGUAUCGUUUAACGAGUAAUUUAUAUAAUACGCAUUUAAGUCUGAUUUCUUAUACUAAUAAUUAAUUUUACAGUAUCAUUAAAAUUGCGACUUUUGGUCGAUUGGACUUGUAACGUUCUAUGAAUAUAUAAGGAAUGUUUUUGAUAAUAAAAAUACCAAAUGCUUCUCAA